CUUCCACACCGGGGCUGCUACAGUACGAGCUCUGGGCUGGAACUUGGAUUAUUUCUACUGUAAUAAAUAUCUGGUGUUGUUGUGGAAGGAUCACGGAUCGGAAUGUCCGGUUUGAGUAAAGCAGUACCGGUUAGUCAAGAGGUGUGUUUACUCUAAACCGAGUCGGUUUGAAGGCCUGUGGAGACCGCGGAGUUUCCUGCUGCUGUCGCCAUUGAUUUCCAGGCUACAGGUUGAUGCUUGAUGGUUGGGAGCCUCAAGGCUCGAAUCCAAGAUUGAGACUCGACAGUGCACAGUCUCCACCAACCUCCUGAGUGAGCUUCACCUUCUGCCCGAUAAGACUGCCCAUAAGCUCCCGCUACGACUGCUCACCAACAAGCCGAGCAACCUCCGCGAAGCCCUCGGCACAUCGCUGGGGCGGGAAACCCGUACGAUGGACACUGAGUCCACCUACUCCGGAUAUUCAUACCACUCAGGCCGAUCGAGAGGCUCCCACAGGCAUGGGGAGCGCAGCAGAGACAGAGAGCGACACAAGGCUCGUAGUAAAGACAGCAGUCGCUCAGAGAAAUCUGUCACCAUCAACGCCCCUCCUGCAGAACCGCUGUUAGGAGAUCAGUCCAUGCGAGGAGAUGAAACACAGCAGGAUGAUAACUGGGGUGAAACCACCACGGCAAUCACAGGAACCUCGGAGCACUCACUCUCACAGGAGGAUAUAGUGCGCAUCAGCAAAGACCUGGACGACAGCGUGGGUCUGGACUGUAAACGCUAUCUAGCCGUCUCCCUCUCCGUUAUCCUGUGCCUGCUGGCGCUCCUCACUCCACUCGCGUUCCUCGUCCUGCCGCGGUUGCUGUGGCCCGAUAGACUGCGAUCGUGUGGCACGGCCUGCGAGGGCCUUUUCAUUUCUGUAGCGUUCAAGCUGCUUAUUUUGCUGCUAGCCAUGUGGGCACUGUUCUUUCGGCCUCCCAGGGCGAACAUGCCACGCAUCUUCGUGUUCCGAUCUCUGCUGGCCAUGCUGGCGUUUUUGCUUGUGCUCUCCUAUUGGCUGUUCUAUGGAGUGCGCAUCCUGGACACACAGGACGAGGACUACCAGGGCAUCGUACAGUACGCAGUGUCGCUAGUCGACGCUCUGCUGUUCAUCCACUACUUGGCUAUAGUGCUGCUCGAACUGAGACAUCUUCAGCCCUGCUUCUCACUGUGUGUUACACGCAACACAGACGGAGAAAUACGACACUACAAUCUGGGGCAGCUCAGCAUCCAGAGAGCAGCUGUGGCCAUCUUAGAGAACUACUACAGAGAUUUUCCUGUACAUAAUCCAGCACUUCUUUCAGCAUCCAGGUCACGUGCUGCCAAACACCUGGCUGGUCUCAAGGUCUACAAUGUGGAUGGUCCAGGAGACAAUAAUGCUGCAGCCGUUGACCUCACCCAGUCUCAGUCCCGCGCCAUGAUUGCUGCUGCUGCCCGCCGACGGGACUCCAGCCACAAUGAGCUCUACUACGAUGAGGCCGAGCACGAGAGGCGCGUCCGUAAACGUAAGGCCAGACUGGUGGUGGCAGUAGAGGAGGCUUUCACACACAUACGGCGUGUGCAGGAGGAGGAGCAGAAGAAGUCACCCGGGGACGUGAUGGACCCCCGUGAGGCAGCACAGGCCAUUUUCCCAUCAAUGGCACGAACGCUGCAGAAGUAUCUGCGCACAACACGCCAGCAACACUGCCACAGCAUGGAGAGCAUCCAGCAGCACCUGGCCUUCUGCAUCACUCACAACAUGACACCCAAGGCGUUUCUUGAGAGCUACCUGAAUCCAGGUCCGACGCUGCAGUACGGACGCGAGCGUUGGUUUGGCCGCCAGUGGACACUCGUCAGCGAGGCAUCAGUGACCAGUGGCCUCAAGGACGGCACUGUCUUCCUUCUUAAGUCUGUAGACUUUAGCCUGGUGGUCACGACCAAAAGAAUCCCCUACAUCAAUCUGUCUGAAGAGUUCAUCGACCCCAAAUCACACAAGUUUGUCCUACGGCUGCAGUCAGAGACAUCAGUGUAGCACGACUGUCUGGUUUUAUGUGAGCUCGGGUUUUUGGUCACUUCCAGCCUUUUUUAUUUCUUGUUUGGGGUUUGGGUUUUUUUUAUUUGAUUUUUAUAUAUAUGCAUAUAUAAUAUAUACGUAUGAAUCUAUGUAACAUA